UGGUAUUCCCGUUUUUUUGGGUAGGUAACUCUAAACUUACGCCCAAGCCAACUCAAACUAAGGUCCGUCUCCUCUACGGAAAGGUUCAAGGCCAGAAUGUCGAUUCAGAGAGAGCAUUUGGAGUGUUAGUUGGUCGAAGACCAAGAAGAAGAAGACGAACCAGUAACUAUUUUUGACUUCGAGAGAUCAGAAGAAGAAAACCCUUUAAUUCAAUGGACGAUACCGACUCACUCUUCGAGGGCAUGGUCCUCUUCACUCCCAACUCUUCUUACUUGGAACAAGAAGAUGAACAGCCACAACAACAACAACAACAACAAGAUGAACAAAUUGAUAACGCCGUACAACCAAAGCUCGCCGACGAUGGCGAUGAUCGGAAGGCUGAAAUUCCCGAUGGUGACGCUCCAAGCAGCCUCGAAACGGAGUCGUCUCAGCCCCUCGACGAGGGCCUCUUCUCCGAUCUCACAAUCAUCUCUCCGCUCCCCACUACGACGGAAGAAAUCCCCUCUGUUUCUCGCCAGGUUUCCCGGAAGAAAAAGAGGGCUUCUUUGAGGAUCGGAUACGGCAGGGAUUCCCCCGCCGAUGAGGCUCCGAGCCCGACCCCGGCCCAGGCCCAAGUCGGCUCCGAUGAGACCCUAGCCCAGGCCCAAGUCGGCUCCGAUGAGACCCUGGUCCAGGCCCAAGUCGGCUCCGAUGAGACCCUGGCCCAGGCCCAACACCAAGUCGAUGCCGGUACCGUACCGGAGACGACUGCUAAUGGUGACUACUCGUACAAAGACGAUCGGGAUCACGAUUUUCGUGAUGGUCAGGGUCGGGAUGGUGAUCACGAUGAGGUUCGAUUGGAGCAAAUCAAGGCGAAGAUUUUGGAGAAGCUGGAACACGGGCGGCGAUCUGCGGCGGCGGUUUCGGAAUCCCGAAAGGAGGCGAUCGCGAGGAGGAGAAAGGCGGCGGAGAGGCUGCGCGGGGCUUCGGAGGCCUAUGCGGAGCUGGAGAGGCGGCUGAAUGAGGCGUGCGAGUCAGAGGAUUUCGAGACGGCCGAGAGGCUCAGCGACCGCUUGGCGGCCGCCGAGGGGGAGAGACAGUCUCUUGUGGCGGUUCUCAGGGAUGCCGAGGCCGAAUGCGAUGCCGUUGAUUUGAGGAUGGAGGAGGUCUUGGCAUCGCAGAUUGCCGCCGAGGAGGAGUGCGCUUCUCUGCUCAAUCAAUUUGCAAAGGAUGCUUCAAAUAAAGCAGAUUUGAUUAUACGGACAGCACAAGAAGUGUCUUCAAAACAAAUGGAUGAAUGGCUCUCGUCAACCGAGGCAUUGGAAGCCAAGAAGUUGGAAUUAGAAAUUGAAUCGCACAUCGUGAGUGAAGCUCAUACUUUUUUAGAUACUUCCAUUGAGCACUCAAUUGAGGAUGACAGGAAAGAAAGAGAGUCUCUUUGUAAGAAAAAGGAUGCUUUGAUGGAUGAACUGCAACAGUUACUUCUUCUUGUGAAGCAAAAGGAACACGAAAUUGCAGAGACCGAAUGCAACAUAAAAGCAGUUGACAAGAGGAUCGGUGAUGUCGUCUCUGGUUUUCGGGAGAUGCAAUCAAAUAUUGAUUCAAAGGUUGGUGACUUGCAAUCUGGCCUUUCCAUCCUAGACUUAGAGAGCGAAGCCUUGUCAACAAAAAAGAAGGAAAUUAAUGAGCUCCUCACUCAGGAGAAAGAGAAGGGAGCAAAAUUGAGGGAACUUGCUAAUGUUUCUGCAGAGGAAGCAAAGGCAUACGAGGAAGUUGUUAGGCUUAGAAAGAAUCUGAUGGUUUCUGUUUUGAAAUCUAGGGAAGAUAGGGUGAGGCUUGCAAGGGCUGAGGAGAAACUUUCUGAUGAGGUCCAAAUGCUCCAACAGGUGAUUUCGAGCUCAAGAUCUACACUGCAGGAGCUAUCUACAAGAAAAUCUAGCAUCCAGCAAGAUAUAGCAACGUCCAAGCAAAAGAUUAUGUUCAUAGACAAAAGAGUACCGGAGCUGGAAGCAGAAAAGAAAGUGGCGGCGGCUGCACGAAAUUUUAAGGAAGCUGCGCGAAUAGCUGCUGAGGCAAAGUCAUUGACAAUUGAAAAGGAUAGCGUACAGAUUUACAUGGAUACAGCCAUCUCAGAGCUUGACAAGAUUGAGGGAGAAAUUGAAGACACUAUUGAGAAACUUCAGGAGACAGAGGUUCUAGUUUUGUCCAAGGAAAAAGAGGUAGCAAUGGCGAGAUUUGAGAGGCUGCUUUUGACAGCCGGUUCUGCUACAGCAGAAAGAGUGGCGGCUUUGGAGCUUGGGAAUCUAGAAGAAGCUAAUCUCCUCCUUGCUGAGGCUGAAGCAGCAGAUCUGGAAGCAAAAGAGCUUCAGCCAGUUUAUGAUUUCAAGGUAGAAGACUUUGCAAAUAUACCAAAGCACUUCAUCUCCAUGGAACUUGUAGCCAACCUUGGGAAGAAGCAACUAGAGGAAUUAGCAGCAUCUGUUGGUUUUUCUCCAUCAUGAUUAGUAGAAUAACCCGACUGGAUUUCAUCACCUGAUCAUCAUAUGAUGUGGACGUUUUCAACUCUGAAUUCGUCAUAUCUGAGGACCAUGAGAAGCUGGAAGCCUGGAAAUUCAAAGUUUCAUUUUUGUGAGCAAACAAUUUCUCUUCCCUUUUUGUACGGUAAUUUUCUGAUCUCCAUUCUCUUGGCGUCAUAUUCAUUCAACUUGGGGGACGAUGAAUUUUUCCAUAAAUCCGUUCCCCUUUCCUGAAAUAAGAAAAGAUAGAGAUGUAUUUAUCAUUUCUGUAUAUUGAGUGUUUUCAUGUCGCGUGAUGCAUAUCAUCUACUUUUGAUGUAUUCUUCAAUUUGUAAUUUUGUGACACUUCUAUUUGCUCUAAUCAGUUCACAAAGAUUUGCAACCACAUUUUGUUGACACAGUUAUAUAUGGGCACAGCUUUUGGCCUUCUGUUACAAUUAUGCUCAGUUGCUGCCUCCUCAAAGAGAUGUCAAGGGGAAAAAAACUAUAAAAUAAUAAUAACAACAUUUGCCAUUCCGAAACAACAAUAGAGAAUAUAAAAUAACAAUCAUUGUUCUGUCGUAUCCAGUUUCUGAUAUAUUUAUUGCC